AUGACUGUGGACACUCAGGAAAAGCUGCUUGCAGAUCUUGCGGAAAGCAAGACAUUGCCAUUAUGGACUCAAAUGACGCGUCUAAAUCCUCCAGAGCCAAAUCCAAAGACCAUACCUUUUGUUUGGAAGUAUGACUCUAUUCGACCCAAUCUGCUUCGCGCGGGGCAGCUGGUCACGGAGAAACAAGCCGAGAGAAGAGUUCUCAUGCUGGUCAAUCCCGCCAGAGAUGCUCCAUACACGACAGAUACGCUAUACGCUGGCCUGCAACUCGUCAUGCCCAACGAAGUAGCGCCAGCUCACCGCCACACGGCCUUCGCCAUGCGCUUCAUCAUCGAAGGCAACGGUGGCUUCACAGCGGUGCAUGGGAAGCGCAUCCAGAUGCAGCAGGGAGACGUGAUCCUGACUCCAACUUGGAACUACCACGAUCAUGGCAAAGACGGCUCCGGCCCAAUGAUUUGGCUAGACGGCUUGGAUCUGCCCAACUUUCGCCACUUUCCUGUGCACUUUGUCCAGCAUUAUGCCGAGUCGCGCUAUCCUGCGGAGGAUGUGGAUAGUGACGCAUCGCCUAUUGUCUUCCCGUGGAAAGUCAUGAAGGCAUUGUUGGACAUGGAGCACGGUGACUGGGUUACCCGUCGGUACCUCAAAUCAGACGGAAGCGAGGUGAGUCGCGUUCUCGGUGGUUGCGCCGAGAGGUUGAAUGGGGGUUGUUCGUCACCACCACGGCGUGAGACUGUUUCUGCUGUCUACCAUGUUGUUGCUGGUGACGGUCAUUCCAUAAUUGGAGGUCAAAGGUACGACUGGGAGAAGGGCGACACGUUCUGUAUCCCUUCAUGGUAUACAUAUCAGCAUCAUGCGGACUCUGCGGAGACUGUGUACCUGUACUGCUUUGAUGACAAACCAAUGAUUGAAGCUCUUGGCUUCUAUCGCUCAGAGGAUAUGGACGUUGAGACUUUGGUAUCGGAUUGA